ACCGACUCUCGGAGCCAAUGGGAGCCCACCGUGCAGGCUGCUGAGGGCCGGGGAGCAGCUUAGUCACACAAACAGCAGUGACCGCUAGCUUCAUGCCAGCCGAGCAGACAUCACCCGAGUAGCAGCAGCGGAAACCGUCCAGAGGGAAGGAGGAGCGGGAGAGGGAGCCAGGAAGGGACUCCAGGCAUCGUUUCCUCCCAUUUCCACCAGAAAGCGAGAGUCGUUUGUCCGUUUCACCGAAGGAAACGUCAAGACCUCAGAAUCAUCAACUGGAAGGUUAGCUAGCCUCCACCACCGCCGCCGCCGCCAUCUCCUCUAAGUCGGAGCGACCGCCGUGUCUUCCACACCAUGGGGAACGCUGCCACAGCCAAGAAGGGCAACGAGCUGGAGAGCGAAACUUUUGUUAAAGAGUUUCUAGCCAAAGCCAAAGAAGAUUUCUUAGGCAAAUGGGAAUGCCCACCACAGAGCACAACGUGUCUAGAAGACUUUGACAGAAUAAAGACUCUGGGCACAGGCUCGUUCGGGAGAGUUAUGUUGGUAAAACACAAAGGCUCAGAGCAAUACUUUGCCAUGAAAAUACUGGACAAGCAGAAGGUGGUGAAACUCAAGCAAAUAGAACACACAUUAAAUGAAAAAAGGAUAUUACAAGCUGUGAGCUUUCCAUUCCUCGUCAAACUUGAGUACGCGUUUAAGGACAACACCAAUUUGUACAUGGUAAUGGAAUACGUUCCUGGGGGGGAGAUGUUCUCACACCUAAGACGAAUCGGGAGGUUCAGUGAACCUCACGCGCGAUUCUACGCGGCUCAGAUCGUGCUGACGUUUGAAUACCUACACUCGCUAGAUCUCAUUUACAGAGACCUGAAACCCGAGAAUCUUCUCAUCGACCACCACGGCUACAUCCAGGUGACAGACUUUGGAUUUGCCAAGCGAGUAAAAGGGAGAACCUGGACGUUGUGUGGAACACCGGAGUACCUGGCUCCUGAAAUCAUCCUCAGCAAAGGCUAUAACAAAGCGGUGGACUGGUGGGCUCUGGGCGUCCUCAUCUACGAAAUGGCGGCUGGUUAUCCUCCUUUCUUCGCUGAUCAGCCUAUUCAGAUUUAUGAAAAGAUCGUGUCUGGAAAGGUGCGGUUCCCCUCCCACUUCAGCUCGGAUUUGAAAGACCUGUUGAGAAACCUGCUGCAGGUGGACCUGACCAAACGUUACGGCAACCUGAAGAAUGGCGUCAACGACAUCAAGGGCCACAAGUGGUUCGCCACGACGGACUGGAUCGCAAUCUACGAGCGGAAGGUUGAAGCUCCUUUCAUACCAAAGUGCAGAGGUCCCGGCGACACCAGCAACUUCGACGACUACGAAGAGGAGGAGAUCCGCGUGUCUUUAACAGAAAAGUGCGGGAAGGAGUUUGCAGAGUUCUAGACGGCGUGAGCGUGGAUAUAUCAGGGAAACGAAGUGGGAUCUUUGCACUCUUCAAAAAAGACUUGGGAUGGAGCAAAGACCGUGUUUUUUUUUUUUUUUUUCAAAUCUACGUAGUCCCUUCAUUCCACAAGGCUACAUCCGGCUGAA